AUGGGGAAGCACUUCGGGAACCUGGCCCGGGUGCGACAUGUCAUCACCUACAGCCUCUCGCCCUUCGAGCAGCGCGCUAUCCCCAACAUCUUCUCGCAUGGCGUCCCCAACGUGAUGCGCCGCUUCACCUCCCAGGUGUUGAAGGUGGUGCCCCCCUUUGCAGUCGGAUACCUCAUUUAUUCCUGGGGGACGGAGGAGUUUGAGCGGCUGAAGAGGAAGAACCCGGCUGACUAUGAGCACGACCAGUGACCACAUGGCCCCGGAGCUCAUUCCCGCACUGUUACGGACCUGCUGUGCUUGUUCCCAUGGCCAAAAGGGAUUAACAGGGAGAUAAGUCUUGUCUAAUAAAUUGUAACUUUGCCCCAUGA